UUUACCGGUAGCACUUUUGGGUUAUAAGUGGAAGACCGAAGCAGCGGCUACAGUAAAGGCAGUGCGUACCUUACCUCUCUAACCGAAGCUCCACAGUUACCGAGCAAAGAGACUCACCUUGCAGUAAUGCAUAAACCGCUUAUUACAAUAACAGCUUGCUAGCUUUGCCAUGCGAGUCCUUAGAUGCCACGCGCGCCUUAUCGAUGGACAGCGAAUGCCAAUAUUUGCAACGCUUCUUUUCAUCCAUGUGCUUGUAUUACUCGCCAGAAUUGCUGGCAGCAGCUCAGUGGUGUUGCGCAGUGGUGUCGUGAGCCUGAGUAAGCCUACAAGCUAUGCAACCGUUGCAUCAGCUGGCAUCAGUACAAAUGCCUUCAUGGCAGCAGAUACUGCUGGACGGAGCCUGUAUCUGCUCCAAUAUUCAGCCGGCACCGGCCACGCAUUGGGUGACGAUCUGACUUCUCAGGGCGGUAGCGUGGUGUCGUACAUUCCAGACGACACGUUGCUGGUGUUUGCAAAGCCCGAAACUGCAAAAGCGGUUGCGGAGCGCCAUGCUGCACUCAUGGCAGAGUAUGCGGGUGACCUAAAGGUCUCCCCGGAGAUGUCCCGCUUCAUUGAGGCAUCCAGGCCAGUUGCACAGCGCCACCGAAGUCAACGUCGCAGAAGCGCACUUGGCAUCACUGGCAGCAGCAGCGACAGCAGCGGCAAUCUGGGAUCUGGAGGCAUCACGGAGGACCUGCCUGACGCCGCAUAUGAUCCAGAUCAGCUGCUGCUACACGCAAAAGGGGCCUUGCAGCACAUGCAGACCUGGAGCAUGCACCGGCAGGGCCAGUACCCAUGGCAACAAAGCCGUCGCACUGCUGCUGCCGGGACAAAGCUACAGGGUUCAGGGAAGAAGACGCAUCGGCGCAGGAGACUUGCUGCUAAAGCAUUUACAGCGCCCGAGCUGUAUGCUGUCCAGGCUCACAUGGUUCCUGGCUUGGGCGAUGAGGUGCUGGCAGCUGCGUACGACACAUGGCCCGCGGCGCUGGCAUCCGUGCUUGGUCGUACGAGUGAUGCAGAUCCGUGCUGGCCUCAGGCCUUGGAUUAUGCAUUGUACGAGGCAAGCGCUGGAUGGAUGCAGGUGUACCUGUGCCAGGAGGACAUCGAGGAAGGCUCGUUGUGGCUAGCCAGCCAGCCAACCGUAAUGUGGGUCUCACCCAUGAUCAAGACAGCGCUUUCCAAUGUGUACGCUGGCUGGACGACGCAAGCAGGGGAUAUCAGUACGGCACGCUACAAUGACGUUGCCAGCCUUCUUAGCGAGACUCGACCCUACUGGAAGGCUGGUAUUCAGGGCGAAAACAUCAUUGUUGGGGUUGGUGACACGGGUGUGGAUGUCGGGCACUGUUACUUUUUGGAUGACAAGUACAGCCCCUCCGCGCUCAAGGCCCUGCUCAACAGAAGCGCCACCACGGAGCUCUACCGCUGGUCCCUGCCCGACCACAGAAAGCUCGCGCAAUACGCAGUUGCAGGUGACACGAGCUAUUUCAGUGACGGCAGCGGUGGGCAUGGUACCCACGUAUGUGGGAGUGUUGCUGGAGCUGUUUCCAGCGGCUCUAGCAGCGGCUUCAAGACAGAUUCCUCAACAGGCUCGGCGCCGCUUGCAAAGAUCAGCAUGCUUGACCUGUCAUCGGCUUCUUCGGGCUUGAGCAUACCCCAACCAAUAGACACGGUCUUCCUCAAGUUUCACUACUCUGGAGGAGCUCGGAUCACAUCAGACAGUUGGGGCGAAGUGGGAUCAAGCGGCACUGCGUACGACUCGUUGGCUCGUGGGUACGACUUCUUUGCUUGGAGGAAUCCGGAUAUCCUGAGCGCAAUAGCGGCAUCCAAUUCUGGGGCAAACGGCAAAAUACCAACAGUCUCUUCUCCAGGAGUUGCAAAGAAUGUCAUGACAGUUGGAGCCUCGACAAAUCACCCCAAGGAUGUUACAAGCACGUACGACCAGUUUAUGGUUCUCUUCCGAUAUCGGGAUAAGAACAUGACCUUGCAAGAAUCUGGGGUUUGGCCCUUUGGUGGAUCGGCAUUUAGCACCUGGCGAACCCUUUUGAGCGGCCAGGAAGUGCGGGUCGUGUUGGCGACCCCACGGGGAGCCUGCAGUACACUUGACAGCACCACAACAAAUUACACGAGCGCCAUUACAGUAAUCGACAUGGGCGACUCUACAUGCAGCUAUGACACACGGCUGGCGUACGCAGCCAGUGCUAAGGCCGCGGCCGUACUACUCGUACGGCCGGAUGGUUGCUUCUACGAUGAGAGCUUGUCGUCAACCAUAUCAGUUACAAACAUCACAUAUGCAAUUGUUACGAGGGCAUAUGGCCAAUGGAUCACCGGCGUCUUGGCAGAUACAACCAACACUAAAGCCAUCAUGACUUACGUUUCUUACCCUUCCGUAAAUUUUGGUACUGAUACCGUUGCGUAUUUCUCGAGCUACGGCCCGCUAUCGGAUGGUCGCCUGAAGCCGGACAUUGUAGCCCCGGGCGCUGAUCUCAUGUCAGCAGGGUCGACGGGGAGCCUCAACACUGUCACAAGCGCUACUUGCUCAUCGGGCACAAUUUCGAUGGCGGGCACGUCCAUGGCGACACCGGUGGCAUCUGGGCAUUUAUCCCUCAUGCGGCAGUACCUCAGGGAUGGCUUCUACCCAGCUGGAGACAAGACAGCGGCUGAUGCGGCCAGCUUCGAGCCAUCUGGAAUGCUAAUAAAGGCUGCUGCUAUUGCAGGCGCGAGGUCCCUAGAGGGAGGUUACGCCAAGUCAGCUGGGACCGUGCUGAGUGCACCACCGGAUGGCUAUCAGGGCUGGGGUCGUCUGGACCUGAGCGGUGCGCUGCCCCUCUCCGGCCUGACGUCCUCCAACUUGCGGCUCCAAGUGGCCGACAUGGGCACCAUCAAGCAGGGGGACGUCAUCUACCUCAAGGGCUUGCGGGCGACUGGAACGGGCCCCAUCCUGGCCGCGCUCGUGUGGUACGACUACCCUGCGUCCCUCAUGGCGACCAAGACGUUGGUCAAUGAUCUCGACUUUGGCUACAUAAUUAACCAGCAGGCUGCAGCGACCAACCGCGAUGAUCAUGUCAACAAUGUUGAGCGUGUGGAGUUGAGGAACCUGCAAGCAGGUGACAACGUGACACUGGUCGUAACUGGCAAGAGCAUUGUGCACAACAUCAACUUCACUGGCGCUGACGCCCAGCUGCCUCAACGCUGGGCGGUCGCUGUUGUUGGCAACUUUAUCGGGACGCUGCGGACGCAGCUCAACCCUGCCUACGUACGCCCACAGCGUCUGCUGCCAUUCGCACAGGAUGCAACUACCACUGUCCAAAGUAUCCUGAUUGGACUCUCAGGCAGCACUUGUGCCAGCAUUCAAGAUACGUCGACAUCGGUGCUGGUUUCCUCGAGCUGCCCGCUGUCAAACAUCAACACAUUCACGUUUACCGAGGAGAAAGGCAGCAAUGCCACCGGCGGCGGUUACGUCUACGUGUUGAAGGACUAUCUGGGCCGGUGCCUCACACAGAGCGGAACCUCCUUGCUGCUGGCGACGUGCAACACCAGCAGCACCAGCCAGAGAAUGGCGUUCUUCAAAAACCCAUACUCCACCUCCGGGACGCUGUACCAGUUGGUUCCUGUGCCGCUCCUUGGUAGUGGAAGUGACGACCGGCAGUGUGUAUCACGGUCUGGUAGCACCCUAGUGCUUGUGGCGUGCAACGCCGAUGACACAAACCAAGGGGUCUCACUCUACGUUACGGCUUCCCUAAAGCCUCCUGCGCCACCAGCACCUCCAAGCCCUGCGCCUAAUCCUCUACCUCCGUCCCCACCGGCAAUGCCGUGGAUCCGCUUUUAUACUGAGUGGACUGUUAAUGGAGUCGCCGUGGCGGAUGACCUGGACAUAUUCGUUGCAUGGAGUUAUAGUGGUGCAGGCUACUACAUCACUUACAACCGGACCAGCCUUCGCGGUGGUUUGUACGGCGGUGACAACGGAGCCACCAAUCAUGAGGCCGUCAGUUGGGGCACUCAGAGCUCACCACCUGACUGGGCGGACUACCGUGCAUGUGUGAAGUUUUGGGUCACUGGCAAAACAUACAAUGUCACCCUCACGGUUUACAUGGGGUCGAGCAUUGUUCUCAUGCAGUCCAAACUCUUGAAGUCCACGUCAGCUAUGGACUGGAACUGCACAACCGCCUCUAACGGGUACCUAGGAACCUUCACGUACCCACCAACCACAGCAUCACCCCCACCCCUGUCACCGACACCAGUUGUAUCUCCUCCAUUGUCGUACCUUCCCCCAAGUCCCAAUCCACCUCCUUCUCCUCCACCUCGUCCAUCAACCCCCCCUACGCCAAGCCCCACUCCACCAAGCCUCUCUCCCUCUCCUCGCCCUCCACAACCACCAUCACCUCCUCCAAGCCCCCCGCCCCGUCCUAAUCCAUCUCCACCUCAACCGCCGUCGCCUCCUCCAAGUCCCCCGCCCCGUCCUAAUCCAUAUCCACCUCAACCGCCGUCACCUCCCCCAAGCCCCCCGCCCCUACCUUCUCCAUAUCCACCUCAACCACCGUCGCCUCCUCCAAGCCCCCCGCCCCAUCCUUCUCCGUUCCCACCUCAACCGCCGUCACCUCCCCCAAGCCCCCCACCCCUACCUUCUCCAUAUCCACCUCAACCGCCGUCGCCUCCUCCAAGUCCCCCGCCCCGUCCUAAUCCAUAUCCACCUCAACCGCCGUCACCUCCCCCAAGCCCCCCACCCCUACCUUCUCCAUAUCCACCUCAACCGCCGUCGCCUCCUCCAAGUCCCCCGCCCAUACCUUCUCCAUACCCACCACAACCUCCGUUACCUCCUCCAAGCCCCCCGCCCCGUCCUAAUCCGUACCCACCUCAACCGCCGUCACCUCCCCCAAGCCCCCCGCCCCGUCCUAAUCCAUCUCCACCUCAACCGCCGUCGCCUCCCCCAAGGCCCAACCCACUACCUAUGCCUUCUCCUCGCCCACCUCCUCCCGUCCCAUCACCACCGUCAUUCCCUAAUCCGUCACCAUAUCCGUCUCCUCGCCUCUCCCCAUCCUCGCAAUCACCACCUCCAAGCCCACUUCCAUUGUCCUCGCCCCCCAGCACCAGCCCACCGACCUCCGCUCCACCAAGUCCUCCACCCCUAGCGUCUCCAGGCACCAGUCCACCACUAUCACCACCUCCAAGGCCGUCCCCACCUCCACCCAGAACAUCCCCGUCUCCACCCAGGCCACCACCUCUGCCACCUCCAAUGCCGUCCCCACCGCCGCCUCCAAGGCCGUCCCCACCUCCACCCAGGCCACCACCACCGCCUCCUCCAAGGCCGUCCCCACCGCCGCCUCCAAGGCCAUCCCCACCCCCACCCAAGCCGUCCCCGCCUCCACCCAGGCCACCACCGCCGCCUCCUCCAAGUCCGCCCCCACCGCCGCCUCCAAGGCCGUCCCCGCCCCCACCCAGGCCGUCCCCGCCUCCACCCAGGCCACCACCACCGCCUCCUCCCAGGCCCUCCCCACCGCCGCCUCCAAGGCCAUCCCCGCCCCCACCCAGACCACCACCGCCUCCACCUCCCAGGCCCUCUCCACCACCACCUCCCAGGCCAUCCCCACCUCCACCCAGACCACCACCGCCUCCACCUCCCAGGCCCUCUCCACCGCCACCUCCCAGGCCACCACCACCAUCGCCAAAACCCUCGCCACGUCCACCCCCACCGAAACUAUCACCACCCUCGCCAGCACCAAGACAGUCUCCACCAGUGUCGACAACAAAGCCGUCACCACCACCGUCCCUGAGCAUCAGUCCUCCGCCAUUGACUUCACCACAGCCUUUGCCAACGCCAGCCUUGAACCCUAGCCCACCACAAUCGCCAAGCCCGCUCCCUCCAAGCCCUAAGCCCCUACCACCUCCUAGCCCUGUUAUGCCAUGGCUUCAACUCCAAACGUCUUGGACGUUUGAAGGUUCAGACACCACGGACGCUGACUUGGAUAUCUUCGUCGCUUGGACGUAUAGCGCGUCCAAUUACUAUAUCACUUACAACCAGACGAGUCUCCGCGGCGGAUUCUACGAUGGCGACAACAUGGACGCUUUGACUAACUCUGAAAGCGUCACGUGGGAUGUGGUUUCCGCGGCCCCUGAUGCGGCUGAGUACCGUGUGUGUGUCAAGUGGUAUGUGUCCUCACGCGGCCCCACCUACAACGUGAGCCUCGCGGCGAGCGUGCAUGGGAACCUAAUCAGCACCCUGUCGACACUGGUUGCCACUGCCACUGGGGCUUAUGACUGGCAGUGCACCUCCACUACACCUGGCUACGUCGGCAGCUUUGUCUACCCACCUUAGCGACUGCCAUCUAUCUACCAACAUCGUCGUCACUGCCACAGAGGCGGUGGCUAUGUCAUUAGGGUCGUCAACUAUCUUUGGCAGCAUACAUGUCGUAUACCAUGGAGGCAGGAAAGGGAUAGGCCUGUUUGGGAGAUCGUGUAUGGAGCCUGGUUCCUCAACGGCGCAUCAAUGUUUCCUGAAGCAUCAAUAGCUGCCGUGGCGGCUGCUGGUGGCAUCAACAAGUUGACUUGUAUAAAGAUAGGCAAGAUUUUUGUACUGCACGGAGGAGCAUGGCACGGGUCAAGCAACAUGCAGGUAGCAUUGCACAGCUUCAUGUGUAAGUUCAUUGGUAACAUUGGUGUUUGAGUAGCGUGUGAUUCUACUGGAUAUCAGUAUGUAGGUAGUGUGCGUGAGCCACUAUUCGUACUUUUACUUUUGGGUGGCACGCAGUUCUGUUGCCAUAAUACCGUAGGUGGUCACCGGUUAGGCCUUUGCACCCUAUCUACGUCAAAUACGGCAGCAUGGCAAAUGGCAGGUUUGCAGUUAAGCACUCGGCAUUCCUUGGAUCCACUGCACUUUACGUUUGGGUUGUGCUUGCGGAGGCGAGCAAAGUCAAUUGAGGAACUGCAAUUCAUGACACCGGCAGGGGUUGGUUUGAUAUGUAUUCUUCUAAGGGAGGUUUCAGAAAUCAAGCAUGUCAUGCUGUCAUAGCGUGCGUUGGGUUCCAUAUCGUGGCUAGAUGUAUGCAGUCUGGUUCACGUAUGUUGCUAUUCAUAGUCCUUGCAAACAGGCCUUCUGUGAUGAAGAGGUAGCACCGGGGGGGGGGGUAACUGUGUGUGCAAGCUGUCCUAAACGGCUCAAUCGUGCUGUUUUCCGUGUUUUUAGCCGUCCUGUCGUUUAUCUGUUUCCACACAGGUUAGAACCCAAAGCAUACGAGGAUUCCUUGGCGUACACUGUGUGGAUGAUGCGGAUUGGGUAGAUGUGAUCAAGCGCAAGGUGUAGCUGUUCAUGUUCAUGUUUAUCCACAAUGUACCCCUGUUUACCCCGGAGCAAACAUGUUGUGUACGCUUGCCCCAGGAUUGCUAGGCAGGCUUAUGAAUGUGGGGUGUAAGGUGCAAGUGUUAUGGAUCUGUGGGGCUAUGGAUUUAUUACUUGUUUGCGCAGGUGUUAUCUGGGGGGCUAAGUGUUUAUGGAAAUGGCCUAUUUGAAUGCCAUACACAUGCUGCUAUCUUGCAAAUCUCAAUGUGGCCGUUUACUCGCGUUCAGCCACCUUCGCUGCGUUGGGUAGCCGCUUGCAAUUUAAUUCGUUCCAGAGCGAAGCGUCAAUGUACCGAUGUAUGGUGGUCGAUGACUUUAAAAAAUCGACAUUAGCUGAGGAAUGAGUGUCUGCUCCGGAUUACACGCUGUAAAAUCUAAGCCCCG